AUGGGGCGUUUUGAUGUGGCAAGUUUUCAAGAGGCUCUUUUUAAAGAUCAGAACAAUCAGAAGAUCCGAGUUCCACCAGGCUACAAAGUUGAAGGAAUGAAUACUGUCCAAAAGCUAUCGCACGACGAUGAAGACCUCAUCGAAGCCAUUCUCGAUAACUCGUUUAUCACCAAGAACAAAAGAUUCGACGCUCCGAUGAAAAGCGGAAAUUUCGAACUCGACCUAAAAAAAGUGUACAUUAGACGAGUUAAGCUAGGAAAUGCUGAUGCUGAUAAAAGGGAAAUGAUCAGGAAAUGCCGGCAGCUGAACGAGGAGAUUGAGAGUGCCCGGUUUCGUGCGCACAACAAUAUUGUGACCUACUAUGAAGUGUACCCAGAGAUCGAUGCUGACGGUGUCGUCUCUCAUAUUUGCCUGGUGUCCGAACGAAUGCCAUCGACACUGGCUCAGUACCUCGAGUAC